UUCAGUUUUGUGCCAGGUCGUUCCGAGUUCGUUUCGGAUCGUUCUCAACGUUUUUUUCUUUUUUUUUCCUUAAGAAGUCAACCAAAAAAAAAAAAGAGAAGAGAUUAUAGAGGAGACUGGGUAGAGAGAAACAUUUAUUCUUUUCUUUUGUAGACGAAACGCGCUUGAGUUGUACGCGUUAAUUUUUUUUGGUAUUGGAUGCGAAGUUCGUUGAGAAGGAGGAGUGCAUCUUGUGCAUAAAAAUAGUGCUCUUCGAGUGCGGGGGUGUACUCUAUACAUGUUCAUACUGAUCCAGAAGGAUCUGUUCUUUGGAUGAACCCUAUGUGUGUGUAGUAAACAGCUGAUCAGGUUUUUCCCCUGAUAGGAAUAAUCGAGUGUGCCAUUUUGUUCCAUCGGAAUUUGUGUAGCCGUUUCAGUUUAGUUAUCUUUCUGUAAAACUGGGAUCAGUCGUGUUUAGGUUGUGCAAAACCAACAAAAAUAGAGAGAGAAGGUGUUCGUAAAUUUGUGACAGGGAGUCAAAAUCCCUUGCCUCCCCCCGGACAAGCAGCUCGAGAUUGAACCGCAACGCAAGUUUCUUCAUCCACCGGACGGCCGCGGGAUUUGUGCAAUAGAAGGAGCGAGGUUCUAGUUGGAAGUUUGAUUCUGUUUUCGUCGUUUGGGAUUGGCGGUGGAGGAGAGACGCCCGAGGUGGAAAAGGAGGAGCAGCUGAAGCUGAAGAGGAAAGCGGAAAGAACGGCGAGAUGGAGCGAGAGACCAACCCGAUGCAGGCGCUCUGCCGAUCCGGGUGCGGAUUCUACGGAAACCCAGCCACAGAAGGAUUAUGUUCACUUUGUUUCAAGGAAGCGCUGAAGAAGAAGCAGCAACCUCCAGUGUCAGCCCCAAGCCCCUCCGUGGUGAGCUCAGUUCCGCCCCCGCGGACCACAUUCAUGGAAACGGCUCAGCCCACAGUACCAUGCCUGCCCGCCCCCAUCGUACCCGCCUCCGAACAACACCAGCCCACAGACAUCGCCGAGGAAAGCGCGGCCACCGCAGCCGGCAGCAGUGUCGACCAGCCUGAAAAUGAAAAUUCGGACAAAGACGACAAGGACUCCAAGAAGAAGAAGAACCGUUGCGCCGUCUGCCGCAAGAAGGUUGGACUGACAGGAUUCGAAUGCCGCUGCGGAGGAUUGUUCUGUGCGGUGCAUCGAUACAGCGACAAGCACGACUGCUCGUUUAACUACCGGGAGAUGGGUGCACAAGAGAUCCGGCGCAACAACCCCGUGGUGGUCGGAGAGAAGAUCCAGAAAAUUUGAACCCCGCCACUAGUGCCAUGCCAUCGCGGCGUCGACGAUGGACCCCCCACAACAUUGAUUUGUUCUAACGAGAGGAAAAUACAAACAGUGCUCGGACACUUGAAAUAAUAAAACAACAAAAAAAAAUAUAUAUAAACAAAAACAAACAAACACACAC